AUGGUGAUGAUGAUGAUGAUGAUGAUGAUGAUGGGGAUGAAGAUGGUGCAACUGGAUGAAGAUGAAUUCUUUGUGUGUUUGAUAUCUGAGCUGAUCAGCUGUGAGGAGGAGGAGGAGGAGGAGGAGGAGAUGAUGGUGUCACAGAAUAAAGACGUCUCUGUGUGUCCUCAGCAGGUGAACGACGGAGGCUACGAGUCGUCUGUCUCUCAGGAGAAGCAGGACUCGGAUCGUCCAAUCAGACUCAAGACGGACCGAUCGGGUCGUCUCCUCCUGGAGACUCCUGCUGACCUCCAGAACCUCCUGCUGCUGAGGAGGCGCAAGAGGGAGCAGAGAGCUGCUGUGAGAACUCGUCCUGCUGCUGCUCCUCCUGCUGCCGUGCCGUACUACGUGGACGAAGAGGAUUUCUUUACGGCCUGUGAUCAGAAGCAGCUGCUGGUGAUCGACAGGUACCUGUCAACAGGUGGAGACGUCAACGCCUGUGACUCAUUUGAGCGUACAGGUCUGCACAGAGCGAGUUCCCAGGGUCACACAGAGGUCGUCUCUAAAUUGAUGGAGGCUGGAGCCAACAUCCACAGCAGAGACAAGCUGUGGUCCACCUGUGUCCACUCUGCCUGUCGGGGAGGACAUCUGUCUGUCCUCAAACUGCUGCUGAACCAUGGAGGAGACUACACUGCAACAGACAGGCUGGACAGUACUCCUCUUCAUGUCUCUGUGAGGACCGGACACAACGACUGUGCUGAACACCUGAUUCACUGUGGAGCUGACAUCAACAAGCAGGACAGGGAGGGAGACACUCCUCUUCAUGAUGCCGUUCGACUCAACAGAUCUAAGACCGUCCAGCUGUUGUUACUACACGGAGCCGACACACACAUCACCAACCAGGAUGGACGCUGUCCUCUGGAUGACGUGUUGGAGUGGCAGAGUGAGACAAAAACUCUCCUUAUCCAGCCCAAUGACAGGAAGUGAUGUCACUGAUUGUGUUACAGAUUCACCAAUAACAAUUCAACACUUUGAGGCUUCUGAUUUUUCAUCAGUGAAGUAAACAAAGUUUGUUUUUGUUUACGUCUUCAGGAAAAAUCCCAGAGACACAAACGUCUCAGCAGCUUUUUUUAAUUAUGCACUUAAAUGAAACCUUUAUUUACUCACUCUGUGUUUCAUUGAUUGAUUGAUUGAUUGACUGACUGAUGAAGUCUCAGUGUGACCACCAGGUGGCAGUAAUAAUAAAUCAUAAACAGGAACCAGAACCUGUUGUUAAAGAUGAAAACAUUUAGUUUUUAUUUUUUGAAACAAGAAUAAAAUGUUUGUGUCAUCUAUACAAAGACGACUCUACUUCCUGUUUACCUCUGGCUGUAGUACGGCAGCCUCUGAGGGACAAAUCUGUCCAUCGGCAGUCCAGGAGGUGGAGACGGUCGGACAGA